ACGUCUGGAGAAUAGUAGGCAAUUCUAAUCCCGGCAGCGCAGAAGUCUUCACCGCAUGAUUCAGCCAAUCGGCCCAAAAGAACUCUCUGCGGAAGGCAGCACAGGGUGGAUGUCAGGCUGGAAGUCCUCAUGCCGCAGCUGCGGGUUCUAGUCGUUAGACUGCAUACAACACCAAGCUCGCCGCACGUCUCUCGCGGAGCACGAGCGCGAACGCACGACGGCCCGAUAACGACGCACAUCCGGCACACGGCCGUCACGUGACCCACUCUACUUGUGAUCUCCAUCAGCCGCUGCGCCAGCGGUCACCGUAGUCCAUAGGUACAUAGCAACGUAGUCCAGGCCCAUGUCUUCUGCCCCGCGCUUCGGCAGAAUCUCCAAGCGGCACGUGUCGUGCGUACCGUGUGUUCUCAGUGGCAAGCCGGUCCGGACCGGCCUAUCGAUUCCCGUCUUUUCUCAUACCGGCGAAAUCGUGCACCACUACUCGGCACUUGAGAACGCGCCGGGCCAUGUUUCCCGCAUCUGCGAGGAGGCACAAGUCGGGUUCUUGAAGUGGGCCGCCCGCCCUGCCGACGAGCGCAGGCAGAUUCUAUUUGCCGCCGCCGCCAUCAUCGAGAAACACGCGGAUUUGUACGUGGAGGCACACCGCGAGAUCGGCGGGCCGGCGGGGUUUGCCCGUUUGGGGGUGGCCGGCGCCGUGGCCGGCUGCAGGGAGUAUGCGCUGCAGAUCACCAAUCCGGACGGCGUGGUGUUGCAGCUGGCGGCGGCACAAUUGGCCUACACGCGCCAGACACCCAUGGGACCCGUUUUGGCGGUGGCUGCGUGGAAUGCGCCCGCCAUUCUUUGGGCACGUGCGGUCUUGGCGCCGUUGGCCGCGGGCUGCUCGGUGGUGCUCAAGUCCCUGGAAAAAGCCCCGCUUCCGCCCUAUCUAUUGGUGCAGCAUUUGUUGCAGGCCGGCGUGGAUGCCCAGGCCUUGCAGCUAGUGCAGGUGCGUGCCCAGGACAACGCGGCGGUGGUGGAGAGCCUCCUCCAAAACCGCCGCAUCAAGAAGGUCAACUUCACCGGGUCCACGGCCGUGGGGAGACAAGUGGCGGCGGUGGCCGCGCACAAUCUCAAGCCGGCGCUCUUGGAGCUCGGCGGCAAGAACGUGUCGGUGGUCUGCCGCGACGCGGACUUGCCGAAAGCGGCGGCGGACGCGCUUUCCAGUGCCUGGCUUCACAAGGGCCAGGUGUGCAUGUGCUUGGACACCGUGUAUGUGGACGAGCACGUGUGCGACGAGUUCGUGCGUGUUUUGCAGGCCGAGGCCGCGAGGCUCUGCGCCGAGAACACGGACCUCCGCUUGAACCAGCGGGACGCCGGGGCCGCACGUGGCGUCCAUGCGUUGGUGGCGGACGCCGUGGCCAAAGGUGCCCGGGUCUUGCAUGGGGGGCUGCCUGGGCACGGCCCCUCCAACUGCUCGCCCGUCAUUCUCACGGGCGUGGCCGGCGACAUGCGCUUGGCGGCCGAGGAGAGUUUCGGGCCCGUGCUCUCGGUGGAGAAGUUCGCCUCCGUGCCGGCCGUGGUGGAGCACAUCAACGACCAGCCGCACGGGCUCAAGGCGUCGGUGUGGAGCUCGGACGUGAUGGCCGCGGUGGCUGUGGCCAGCCAGUUGGACUUUGGCGGCGUGCACAUCAACGGGUCCACGGUCCACGACGAGCCGACGGUUCCCCACGGCGCCGUCAAGGAAAGCGGCAGCGGCCGCUUCAACAGUGUGUGGGGGAUCGAGGAGUUCCGCUAUACCAAGGCCAUCACCGUGGCCGGGUAGGUUUCUGCUCAAGGCGGGGUCUUGUUUCGGGUAUGUUUCUGCUUAAGACGGGCCCUUUUUGGGUACGUUUCUGCUUGCGGCGGGCCCUUUUUGGGUACGUUUCUGCUUGCGGCGGCGUUCUGUCUGCGGCGGGGUCUGCUUGUUGCCAAGCCCGACUGCGGCACGAGCCAUGGUCUUUUCUUUUCCAGGAGAGGCCUUAGGUCUGCGUCACCCGUGAGUGCUUCCAGAAAACCGACGGCACUGCUCUGUGACCGGAGGCUCAUUGCAAACGAUGACCUAUAAUCAGGUCCAAAUAGGCUGCGCCAUGGUACAGAGCUAAAGGCUAUCUUGGGACAGGGCCGUAUAUAGUGUGUCUCUGAAACAGUCCAUACGCGUUGUACCUUGAAGAGGGCCGUACCGAAUGCAAUUCCGAACAGGAC